AUGCUGUUUCUGUUACUUCCAUUGCUAGCAGCCCUGCUACCCAGUGGUGAAGGCAAAGCUGGGUUUGAAGACCCCAUCUCCUUCUAUGUCCUGCAGACCUCGUCUUUUUACAACCGUUCCUGGGUACAGAAUCUGGGAUCAGGUUGGCUGAGUGACUUGGAGACUCAUCGCUGGCAGAGCGACUCUGAUGUCAUCGCUUUGCUGAGGCCUUGGUCCAGAGGCAACUUCAGCAACAAGGAACUGUUGGAAAUCGAAACGAUUUUCCAUAUGCACUACAUCAGAUUCAUUAGGGAAAUUCACAGCGUUGCCCGCAAUUUGCAGUUUGAAUAUCCCUUUGUCUUGCAGAUGGCUGUGGGCUGUGCCCUGCACUCUGGGGAGGUCACAGAAGGCUUCCUGAGGAAAGCCUAUCAAGGGUCAGAUCUCCUGAGCCUCCAGAACAAUUCUUGGGUGCCGUCUCCUCAGGGUGGAAGCAGGGCCCAGCACAUCUGCAGACUACUCAAUCUAUUCGGAGGCCUCAAGGAAACAGUGCACAGGCUCCUCACCGUCACCUGCCCACGCUUCCUCUUCAGCUUACUUGAGGCGGGGAAAGCAGACAUCCAGCGCCAAGUAAGACCCAAGGCCUGGCUCUCCAGUGGCCCCAGCCCUGGGCCUGGCCGCCUGCAGCUGGUGUGUCAUGUCUCUGGCUUCUACCCAAAACCUAUACAAGUGAUGUGGAUGCGUGGGGACAAGGAGCAGCUGGGCACUCGGCGUGGUGGUGUCCUGCCCCAUGCUGAUGGCACCUGGUAUCUCCGAGUGACCCUGGAAGUGGUGGCUGGAGAAGCGGAUGAGCUGUCUUGUCGGGUGAAACACAGCAGCCUAGAAGGCCAGGAAAUGAUGCUUUACUGGGAGCACCGCAGCUCCAUGGGAUUCAUCCUCUUGGCAGUGGUGGUGCUCCUGGCUGUGCUGACAGCUCUUGUAUUUUGGUUUAGGAAGCGCUGGCGGGUGUGCCUGUGCAGUUCUGCAUUACAUUCCCUGUUACCUGUGAGAGUGAGAAUGGAGCAGGUUUCUGGGAAGUGUCUUGGAAUGCUAGGUGUUGUGGAGUACAUGGAGCAAGAGAUCACCAGAGUUAUUAGGUCACAUCAGGAGUGUUUAUUAGUGAGCCGGUGGCUGUCCUACUCACGGAACAAGUCUGGAGAAGACAGCCCUGAGUUGCAGUUGUGUGGUGUUGUUAAAGGUAGAAACCACAUUUUGGUGGUGUUGGCCAUUAUCAAGCAAGCAAGCAAGCAAGCAGAAAAACUGUUUGGAGGUGACACAGAAAAAGAGCAGUAUGGAAGUAAUUCUGAAGAGAAGAUUCUGAAUGAGCAAAAAUCAGUUAAGCAUUGUCACAAUAGGAAAUAUUGUUUUGGGAGCAAGUCUUGUGUUCUAGCAGGAUGA